CGCAGACCGGCCACUCCAGAGAGAGCAGCCGCACAGGCGGACACAAGCUGUGCAGGUCCCCGCGAUGCCAGUCGGAUCUUCAGCCGCCCGGUUCACCCCGUGUGAAGGAAAGGAGAGGACACAUUAAAAGAGCCCUUUUCCCACCUCAACCACAGAGUCUCGGUCCGAAACGGGCAGGAGAAACAAAAGCAGACAUCGUUAAAUUGGAGUAAAGCGCGUCCUCCGGUGCAGCGCAGCUUUAAGAGGAUUGCUGUAUCCCAAGAACUGCAACGCCGCGUGAAGUGUGUUUAGACGGGGAAAAUGUCAUUGUCUGGGAAAGAAAACAGCACUAGCCCUCAUGCCAAUUACGUGGGACCGUACCGCUUGGAAAAGACCCUCGGGAAAGGACAGACAGGUCUCGUAAAGCUUGGGGUCCACUGUGUCACAUGUCAGAAAGUCGCCAUAAAGAUCGUAAACCGAGAAAAGCUCAGCGAAUCCGUGUUAAUGAAGGUGGAGCGAGAAAUCGCCAUCUUGAAGCUAAUAGAACAUCCCCAUGUCUUAAAGUUGCACGACGUCUACGAAAAUAAAAAAUAUUUGUAUUUGGUUUUAGAGCACGUGUCAGGUGGAGAGCUGUUUGACUAUCUGGUAAAGAAGGGCCGAUUAACACCCAAAGAAGCUCGAAAGUUCUUCAGACAGAUCAUCUCAGCUCUAGACUUCUGCCACAGUCACUCAAUAUGUCACAGGGACCUGAAGCCGGAGAACCUGUUGCUGGAUGAGAAGAAUAACAUCAGGAUAGCAGACUUCGGCAUGGCGUCCCUGCAGGUGGGAGACAAUCUGCUGGAAACCAGCUGUGGAUCUCCUCAUUAUGCAUGUCCUGAAGUCAUCCAGGGAGAGAAGUAUGACGGAAGGAAAGCAGACGUUUGGAGCUGUGGGGUCAUUUUGUUUGCUCUGCUGGUGGGAGCUCUGCCAUUUGAUGAUGACAAUUUAAGAAACUUGUUAGAAAAAGUGAAGCUGGGUGUGUUUCACAUGCCCCAUUUUAUCCCACCGGACUGCCAGAACCUUCUGCGAGGAAUGAUCGAGGUCAACUCUGGUAAUCGGUUAACGACAACGGCCUGGGACAGUGCUGCCACCUUGUGGAACAACUCAUUAGUGCAAAACAAAUUCAGUGCGCAUGUGCAACCUGUGCGUACAAAAGGAGGGAAGAACGAGCCGGAGCCGGAGCAGCCGGUGCCCAGGAAGGUGGCGAUCCGCAGCGUCCCGUCAGCCGACGACAUCGACCCGGACGUCCUGGAGAGCAUGCACUCGCUGGGCUGCUUCCGGGACAAGAGCAAGCUGAUGAAGGACCUGCUAUCGGACGAUGAGAAUCAGGAGAAGAUGAUCUAUUUCCUUCUGUUGGAUCGUAAGGAGAGAUACCCCAGCCAUGAAGACCAGAACCUCCCUCCUCGCAAUGAUAUAGCGGCGUCUGACCAUGUGUUUUAUGGUCUGUGUCCUCACAGGUCACGGUCCAUCAGCGGCGCGUCCUCUGGUCUCUCCACCAGCCCUCUCAGCAGCCCACGGCCCAUCCGGAAGUUCUGUGUCCCACCACAGUCCACUGAGCUGCUCUUGUCCCCCAGCUCUAGUAUCACCGACUCCCUAAAACCAAACUCAGAUCAAAACGAGUUAAAAACCCCAACUUCUAACUCCCUAACACCAAACUCUAUAUCUGAGUAUCUCUUGCCCUGCCCAAAGACCCAGACUCUUCCAGCCAAACCCAAAGACAAACCCUUACAAUCCGCCCGAUCAAACCCCCUACCCGAAUCUGGGCCCGAACACAUUUUGACAGCCAAGUCAGAACCUUCAACUCCAUGUCAACCACAAGUUCCCUGUAUACCGGGCAGCCCACUGGUGCGGCGGGCAACCCCAGCCUCCAUCAUACCCCCUCAACUCUCGGUCCCCUUUAGGCCUGUUGUCCCUCUUUCCCCUAUCCGACUACACCACUUCCACCCUGUUCCUGGCUCUGACCACACCACCAAAUCUAUCCCCACCAUACAGGUGACCCCCCACCCCUCUCCAAGGGGCAGCCCUAUCCCCACCCCCAAAGGAACGCCCGUGCACACGCCUAAGGACAGCCCCACGGGGACGCCGACCCCUACGCCACCCCCCAGCCCCUCCAUCGGGGGAAUGCCCUGGAAGACGCGCCUCAACUCCAUCAAGAACAGCUUCCUGGGCUCACCGCGCUUUCACCGCAGGAAACUGCAAGUUCCCACUCAAGAGGAAAUGUCCAGCCUCACGCCAGAGUCUUCCCCAGAACUUGCCAAAAAAUCUUGGUUUGGUAACUUCAUCAACCUAGAGAAAGAGGAGCAGAUCUUCGUGGUUAUUAAGGACAAGCCUCUGAGCUCUAUAAAAGCCGACAUCGUACACGCCUUUCUCUCGAUACCCAGCCUCAGUCACAGCGUCGUCUCGCAGACAAGUUUUCGGGCUGAGUAUAAAUCCACCGCUGGCCCCACCGUCUUCCAGAAGCCUGUUAAUGGGUUUGUCCCUAUUUUACCCAGCGCUGGGUUGUAUUUAAACCAGCAUUUUUUAGUGUAUAUAUAUCUGUUACACUUUAUUGCAGGUCCAAGCCGGCGUUUCAAGCGGGUGGUAGAAAUGAUUCAGGCGCAGUUGUUAAGCACACACGACCAGCCGGGAGUCCAGCAGCUGUCUGGCAGCCCAUUGAGUAACUUCUUUGACGUAAUUAAACAACUUUUUUCAGACGAGAAGAACGGCCAGGUGCCUCUUCCACCUGGCACGCCCAACAGACACCCACCUUACGCCCGUCACCACGACCCUCAGCCUAGUGACUCUAAAUGCCCAGCGGGCAAUCCCAGGGACAAUACCAAGCUGGUGGCAUCCGUUGGGACACAGGAGCAGCCCUAAAACUUUACGUACCAACAUAAAAGCACUCCAAAAUGUACAUAAUCUUAGAGUUGAUGGAAUUUAUAUUUGGACAAACUUUUGUAUGAUGGAAUGACUGCUUAAAAACAAAUUAUGACACAAAUCCAGACACAUUUCCCCUUUCACCAUCUCUGCAUGUCGUUGUGCCAGCCCCUACCCAAACCCCUGUUGUUUCUUCCCCAGAUAUUUUCAUGUCUUUACGUCUGUCUUCCUGUUUUCCUCACCUUUGUGACGGCUUGUCUUUGCUGCUAGGAAUUAUCCAGAAAACUUAUUAAAACUCCGCCCCCACUUCCCUGGACAUCCUGAGAUGGACAUUUAUUGACAGACGGCACUUUUCAUGACGAACAAGCGGGUUACCAAGGAGAAGGACGCUUCAUCUUUCGUCAUACUCUUCCCUUCCCUCUUUCUGUUCUGUCCGAGGACUAAAAUACAAAUACCCACACUUGUUCCCACUCAACCUGAGUGCACCCCUGCCAUCAUCUCAGCACCCCAACCUGUUAAAAUGGUUGACCAGCCAGUGGGAACUGGCUGCACCAACAGGCUCUGUUCCAAAACGUAGUGAGCUGCCUCUAAGAUACCUCACUCUGAUCAAAUGAUAAGGCAGUCUCUUAAUGCAAUGCAACAAACAUUGUAAAAAAUGGCGUUAAAGAUGGCAGAGAAAGCACUCAGUUUAAUUAAAAUAAGGACUA